UGAACCGUUAGACAGGUUCAUUUCGAGUUUUAGAACCUUGGUAGUUUCACUAAUUUGUGAACUUAAUCACUCUUCAGUGCUAGAAUUCAUCUUUUCAUUUCAUUUCAUUCUGUGCUUGAUAGCAAGAGAUGCAAACUACUGCUUAUGUGGGAAGGUAUCUCUCGAAAAAAAAUUUCAGUCCUGGGAUGAAUCUUCAAAUUUAAGAUUGGGACUUCAAGCUGAGGCUGUGUCAACUGUUGAUCUUCAUCCUUGUAUACUAAAGUAUGGUGCUCGAGAUAAGGAGCAAAACAUCUCAGUUCAAGCACCAAAUAAUUUUGAGAAUGGGUUUCCAAAGAGUAAAUCAAUGCAAUUGCAAAUCAAAAUGUAUGCCCAACAGAUUGGGGCAAAGGAAAAAUCUUCCCAUGAUACAAACAUAACUGCACAUGCAUCGCGUAUGACCCGGUUGAAGGAGGGAAACCUGAAAUUUAAUUUCAGGUAUUACUAUGAUAAGUUGCAGAGAACUGAAGUCACCGAGGAUUUCUCCUGUCCAUUAUGUUUGGUUAGAUGUGCAAGCUACAAGGGUAUAAAAUAUCACAUGCUUGCAUCACAUGAUCUUUUCAACUAUGAAUUUUUGGCAUGGGAGGACUGUCCGACAAUAAACAUAUCUGCGAAAACUGAUAACUGGAAAUCUGAGAUUUUCGCAAAAAUUGUUGAUCCCAAGUUGCGCGGUAUUAACUUUUGUGCCAAACCAUUUAAGCGCAUACGGCCAGAGGAUGAACCUUCUGAAAGAGCAAAGGAUGCAGCUCCACUUGCCUUACGAUACGAAAUUCCAACUGGAGAGGGUGAUCUUUUGGAGAAAGCUGAUGACAUUGCAGGGAUUUCAACCGCAAUUGUACCAUUUCAACCUGAUCAAGACUGUGUCCCACCUGAACCAGCAACAGAUGAGAAUGCUCUUUCGAAUCCUGCUGUGUUACUGGAUGCCAUAACAUGGAAGUCUACAAUUCAGCGUUAUAACAUUGACCCACAAAUCCUUUCCCAGUUGAGCAAGCGAAAAUUCUAUCACUCUCGCAUAUACCAGCCAAUGGAACUUGAAGAAGUUCUAUCAGAAGGAGAUAGUGAGGAUGAAGUUGAUGAUGAAGUUGCUGAUUUUGAAGAGCUAAGGAGGCUUGGUAAUUUUGACAAUGUGACCAAUGCUGAGAAGAAAUUCAUGCAUAUGUGGAACUCGUUUAUUCGAAAGCAACGGGUGCGGACUAAUGGUCAUGUUCCAUGGGCAUGUGAAGCUUUUGUAAAAGUCCAUGGCUAUGAGCUUCUAGAGUGCUCCAAAUUGACUUGGUGUUGGAGAUUGCUUUCCAUCAAAUUAUGGAAUCAUGGUCUUCUAGAUGCACGGACCAUUAAUUCAUGCAGCCUUAUUCUUCAACAAUAUGAGGCAGAAAUCAGCGCCAAUAAAUAGUUAAAGAUAAUUCAUUCUCGUUCUAUGACGGAUCCAUAAAAUUUUCAUAGUGGGGACGAAAAUAUAUUAGAAUAAAUUUUGUUGAAUAUUAAUGUUUAUACUUUAUGUAAUAGAGAAUUAGAGAUAUAGAAAUUAAAAAAGAAUUA